AUGUGGCUGAAAGUUCGCUCACACCAGCAGAAUAUAGUCGUGGGAACUGCAUAUAGACCACCCUGGCUAGACGUAAAUAUAUUCCUAGACGCUAUCACUGAAUCGGUCACCUCCUUCUCGCACUCUGACGGCUUGAUAUUGGUGGGAGACUUCAACAUCAAUCUCCUUGAUGUCAGCGGCCGUGGGUAUAGAGCCUUCGCACAAUUCAUUGAGAGUCUGAAUUUAAGUCAAAUUGUCAAAGAACCCACCCACUUCACAGACCAUAGUGCCACUUUAAUAGAUGUUGUGUGCACGGAUGUUCGGGUUCCAAAACUGACAGUUAGGCACUCACCAGACCGAGGUGGGCAUGCCAUGAUACUGGCAGAAGUCAAGAUUAAAGUGAACAUACCAAGUCCUAGAUGGGUGACAUAUAGACCGUUUAAGAACAUUCUGGACCAUAGUGCCACUUUAAUAGAUGUGUUGUGCACUGAUGUUAGGGUUCCCAAGCUGACUGUGAGGCACUCGCCAGAUCGAGGAGGGCAUGCCAUGAUACUAGCAGAGGUCAAAAUUAAAGUGGAUAAACCUAGUCCUAGAUGGGUGACAUAUAGACCGCUCAAGAACAUUCUCAUUGACCAGCUGAACGCAGAUCUAUGUGCCAUACGGUGGGGAAAUUUUAAUGAAAUCAACGAAGUUAACGAACUCGUAAGAGCUUUUACAACAUGUAUUAUAGGGUUAAUGGAUUUACAUGCCCCAAUAGUGACAAAAAAGUUUAAAAACCCUCCCCAUCCGUGGGUAACGGACACUGUCAGAGCUAUGAUGCGUAUUAGGGACAACUACCACAACAAAUACAAAAAACUCAAAACAUCUGCUCUAAAGGACUGUUACAGACAAAUGAGAGGGAUGGUACUGGAGGCUUUGGAACAGGAGAAAAAAUGUUAUUUUGAAAAGCAUAUAAAUAGCAAUAUAGGAAAUUCUAAGAGAUUGUGGAGGAAUCUUAAGAAUACUGUACUCCCUAACAAUGGGAAGACAAUCGCUACUAUUAUCAAUUGCUCACUGCAGCAGGGAGUGUUUCCUGAUGACUGGAAGGUAGCGGCGGUGACACCUUUGCCCAAGACCAACCGGCCGGCUUCACUCCAAGACCUUCGUCCUGUCAGUAUCCUUCCAUGCCUCUCCAAGGUAUUGGAAAAAAUUGUAUGCAAGCAGUUAACCACUUACUUGGAGAGGCAUAAUAUACUUCCAGAGUUGCAGUCGGGUUUUCGUGGGGGGCAUAGCACUGCGGCUGCUCUGGCGGAUGUUGUGGACAACCUUCUUGCAGCUCAGGACCGUGGUAUGGUGUCCGCGUUGCUUCUUCUUGACUUCUCACGAGCAUUCGACUCAAUUAACACGUCGCUGCUGCUGUCGAAACUCAGAUUCUAUGGUCUUGAACAAAGCGCUAUCAAAUGGUUCCACAGUUAUCUGCAUGGACGGAGUCAGUAUGUGGAGCUGAGGCUGAGCAACGGUAAAAAACUUUGUUCACAAUCUCUACCUGUGAACCGUGGAGUCCCACAAGGCUCGAUCUUGGGGCCGAUCCUCUACAUUUUGUACAGUGCUGAUAUCAUAGGACAUAUUGCACACUGUCGUUAUCACUUGUAUGCAGAUGAUUUACAGCUGUACCUUUCAUUUGUGCCUUGUGAUCGGGGCGGAGCUGUGGCCUUGAUAAACAGGGACUUACUUAUCCACCUGGUGCUCUGA